AUGGAAGGUACUCCCUAUGCAAGUGGGGUUGGAAGCAUCAUGUAUGGAAUGGUUUGUAGUAGGCCGGACUUGGCUUAUGCGGUUAGCAUUGUGAGUCGGUUUAUGGCAAAUCCGGGAAUUGUGCAUUGGCAAGCUUUGAAGUGGGUGUUGAGGUAUUUGAAUGGGUCGUUGAAGGGCGGUUUGAAGUACACAAGGGCAGCUCAAGAUGAAGACGCUUUGGAGGGGUAUGUUGAUGCGGAUUAUGCGGGCAACGUGGACACUAGAAAAUCCUUGUCGGGUUUUGUGUUUACUCUUUAUGGCACAGCGAUUAGUUGGAAGGCAAAUCAACAAUCCGUGGUGGCAUUAUCUACAACUCAAGCGGAGUACAUCGCACUUGUUGAAGGUGUGAAGGAGGCCAUAUGGUUGAAAGGGAUGAUUGAGAAUGAUGAGGUUCCACCAAAAAGAAAGAUUUGGAGUAAAGAUGAUUCAAAUGACGAUGGUCGGGAGAAGAUGAUGGGAGACCCUUAA